ACAUGGCUGGAAGCAGUGGCAGUGCUAGCGGCGUGGUGCCGGAGUACGAGGUGCCCGAGUUGCUCACGCGCGUGUUUCACGUGGGUUCCUUUGGCGCGCUCUGGAAGCAGAACCUGCACGGGGCAGACCUGGCUGUGCAGGGGGCGGUGGCAGAGGACGGGGCUGCCGCCGUGGCUGAGGAUUUGGGCUGCGGGCUGGAGACUGCAGCAGAGCUUAGGGCUGUGUGCAGUAUUGACAUGUUAAAGUCCCCUGAUAAAGAAGAAGAUCCAGAGAUUAUUUCUGAAGACAGCAGCCUAGUAACUCUUCGAAUUAGAAAGAAGGCCCUGGAGAGGCGAGAAGAAACCAUAAUUGUAGAUCGCACUUGCAGACAAGAAACAUUUACUUAUGAGAUGGAGUCUCAUGCAAUUGGAAAGAAGCCAAAAGAUCCAGCAAAUCUAAUUGAGGAAGGAGAACUUUUCCUAACUCUGAACAUCUUUUAUCCUGUCAUAUUUCAGAAGCAUAAAGAUCACAAACCUUAUCAGACAGUGCUUGUGUUGGGCAGUCAAAAACUCACUGAGCUCAGAGACUCCAUUUCUUGUGUCAGCGACCUUCAGAUGGGUGGUGAGUUCAGCAGCCACCCUGACCAAGCACCAGAGCAUAUUAGCAAGGAUCUCUACAAAUCUGCUUUCUUUUAUUUUGAAGGCGUUUUUUACAAUGAUAAAAGGCACUCAGAGUGCAGAGAUCUGAGCAGAACAAUUAUUGAGUGGUCAGAAUCUCAUGAUCGAGGCUAUGGGAACCUUCAGACUGCUAAAAUGGAGGACUACACGUUUAAUGACUUGUCCAUCAAAAUUGGUUUUCCAUACCUCUUCUGUCACCAAGGAGAUUGUGAGCAUAUCAUUCUCAUCACAGACAUAAGGCUUGUUCAUCAGGAUGACUGCCUGGACAGGACCCUGUAUCCCUUGCUAAUCAAGAAGCAUUGGUUAUGGACUAGAAAAUGCUUUGUGUGCAAAAUGUAUACAGCCAGGUCUUAAUAAAGGCAGGGCUAUGUCAUGGCUGGUAUCUAGAAUGUGGAUGGAUGUGAGUAGAAAACACAUUUGAAAUAUGCAUGCUCUUGAGCCCUAUCUUGGUGUUCUGUCUCUCUUUGCACAGUAGGCUGGUUUGUGCUGCUAUGAAGGCUUUUAAAAAAAUUCCCUUUAGAAUGCAACUUUCAUGUUUCCUUCGAAGAGUAGCAUUUCAGUGAUGCUUACCUUCCCCAAGCCCCUCUUCUUUGGCUGCCUUCUAUUAACAUAUGGGCUUUCCAAUCCUCUUUAGCACUGCAACUGUGAUUAGAUAAAACAGUAGCUUUAGAAAUUACACCAGCUGUCUGUUGUGUGAUAGCUUAUCCAUCCUUCUAAGAGGCCAAUCAUUACAGGUUUUCUUACUAGAAAGGAUAGAAGAGAAAUUCUGAGAUGAGGAAACCCAAAAUUUGUUUGGGUCUAGAGUUUUAAUAAUAAAACUCUUUUCUAUCCUGUUUGCUCUAACUAGCCUGACUAAUUAACCACUUCACCUUCUCACCUCUGCAAGGCAAAGUCUCAGACAAACUUACCUUAAAAUGACUGGUUUAUAUAGCUUAAAAAAAAAAAAAAAACUUGCUAGAGCCAGUCCUCCAUUUAUCUGAUAAUGUGCAGAGACACAAGUUACAGCUCUGGUUGUGAGAAUUUGCUAUAUUUAUGUAUUUUGCAGGGGAGAUAGAGGAGUGCUACAUUUCUUGUAUGUGUUGUGUUCUGGCCCUAUCGCAUGUCAAAUUAAGUGACUUGAAUGCUACAUUGAGUAACAAGAUCACAAAUUAUAUUUUGAAAAAUCCUUUCAUUCCUUGAGUCCCAGGAGCAGUCAAAGGACAGCUGGGUCUGGUUUUGGUUUAGUGUUUUCUUCUGAAUGAGCCCUCUGAGUCAAACCUAGUAAUGGCCCCAGCUGUCCAUUUAUAAUUAAAUUUCUAAGAUACCAGCUGGGUAUUUGUGUUUUGGCUACUUGUUUAACGAUGUUAGCAUUUAAAUGAUCACAACUUCAACAUUUAUUUAACACCCCAUGAAGAUAAAUGAGCAAAAAUCAUAUCUAUUUAUAUUCUCUGGCUUAGUCACUCAUCAAGAAGAGCAGAGUAACAUUCUGAGAUGGAAUGAAGCUGACUUGUGGCUGUAGGUAGACAUAGCCUUACAGCAGCAGAGCGGUAGCUCGGUAGUGUAGACACUUGCUAUAGUGAUGGAAGGGGUUUUUCCAUCGCUGUGGUAAAUCCGCCCCCUCAAGAGGCCAUAGCUAGGUUGACAGAAGAAUUCUUUCAUCAACCUAGCUGCAUCUGCAGUGCGGGUUACUGUAGAUGUACGAGUUGUGAAAUUUUCAUAGCCUUGAGUGAAGUAGCUAGGUCAACCUAAGUUUUACAUGUAGACCAGGCCUUAGUACCUAGUCUACGUACCUAGUGUUUUUAACUGGUAAUACUUUUGUUUCUUAGGAAUACCUAUUAUAUGAAAAAAUGUUACACAGUUGGCACUAAUUGCACUAGGGACAGGAAAUGCAGAAUUAACCUUAAUUGUGUUGUCUUGGCACCUAAACAUUACAAUAGGGCUUUUAUUACUUGAUCACACAACAUACAGCCAAUGAUGCAUAUGAGCUUCCCAUCAAACUACUGACAAGUUCUUAGCACCUACAUUGUUAUAGGUGCAGGCUUGUGACUUUUUUGGCUGGUUGUAUUAACUGAAGCCCUCAGAAAAACAGAAGUAAGAAUUGAAAGCAGGGCUCUUGCACAGCACUGAAAAGCACUAGCACCAUGUGAGCAUGCAAGAAAUGCACGGGUCUCUCAUCCAAAAGGCUUACAGACUAAAUAGAGUAGGUGAGCAAAGCCUGGAACUGGAAAAGGAGGCAGAGACUUGCUCAAGGUCACACAGCAAGUCAGCUAAAUAGCUGUGUAGAGAAUUCAGCUCUCUUAAGUCCCACUUCAAUGCCCAAUCCACUGGACUGCAGUGCUAAUUUUUAUUAUUUAUAUAUAAAAAAUAUCUCCACCUGAUACCAGUAGCUGUUGCCAUGACAGAGAUGUAAAAACUAGGCAUUGUAAGGGUGGCAUGCUUCCAGACACACAGCCUCACUCCUACUCAAUGUCUAAAAUUAGACCAGAUUGGGCCUCUUCAAAACAGUCAUCUGCUUUCAAGCAUCAGUCACUGCCCCUGAUACGACAUGUGGCUGUGCCUCCUGCACCUGGUGCAUCUUAAACCACCUUCCACAGAUUUGUGCCUUUGUUUAGGUUUGUUAGAAUUUUAGAACAUAAGCUAUGAACAGAUAUGAGCUCUGAGGUGACAAAGGGCAACAUUAGGGCUUGUGGCUGAGCAAUGGCUAUCCUGCCUAAAGCAUUCAGAGUCUGGAGACCCCACUUACUCUAGGAGAUCUCCUUGCCUCCUCUCAGGAACAGAGAGAGUACAUGCACAAGAGAGCUCUUGCAACUAGUUCUGCCUGGGAUCAACCAGAGCAGUGGCUCUCAACCUUUCCAGACUACUGUACCCCUUUCAGGAGUCUGAUUUGUCUUGCAUACCCCCAAGUUUCACCUCACUUAAAAGUUACUUGCUUACAAAAUCAGACCUAAAAAUAGUGUGUCAGCCCCACUAUUACUGAAAAACUGCUUACUGUCUCAUUUUUACCAUAUGAUUAUAGCAUCAAUUGGAAUACAAAUAUUGUACUUACAUUUCAGUGGAUCUGGACACAUUUUGGGGAAGAGACCCCUCGUGGUGACUUGCUCAGGCAGUCUGCCAGAGUAUUUUGAACUCCCAGGAGGAGUUACAUUUCAGUGUAGAGUAUAUCGAGCAGUAUAAACAAGCCAUUGUCUGGAUGAAAUUUUAGUUUGUACUGACUGCGCGAGGGCUUUUUAUGUAGCCUGUUGUAAAACUAGGUAAACAUCUAGAUGAGCUGAUGAACCUCCUCAAACACCUCUGGGUACAUAUACCCCUGGUUGAGAACCACUCAACUAGAAAUUCAUCAGGGAUGAUUUUUUAAGCCUCUGGAGUUUAAAAAAAAAGAAGAAGAAAAAAAAAGGAAAAUCCACUAACAUUAUUCUUGUUGCUAGAUCUCCCGAAUAAAUCUCUAAAUAAGUAAAAUUUGUCUUACCUGUAACAAAGUAGUCAAAUGGGAACACAAUCUUGACCGUCUGCUGCCAAGCAGAACCCAUUUGUAUGUAAUGGAAAUCACAGACCAGAGAUUGUGACACUGGCUAAUGGUGAUGUUCCCAAGCACUAGAAUGCCUUGGAGCAGGAUCAGAGAGGGUUUCUUCUCCUGGGAGACAUGACCCAUGCUCAUAUUUCUACUAUAGACGAGCUAUGACCAUCUCGCACUGGCCUGUCCAACUGUUGACCCCUAUGUCCCCUGCUGCUGUUUGUUGAGGGAGAAGGAGAUGCACACUAAAAGAGCAGAAAGAAUAAGACGAGAGCUGGGAGUUGAUCCUUGCCGAGAGGCUGGCUGCUAUGUUGGCGGAAGCCUGUGAGAAGCAUGAGGCUUUUCACGUCUUAGAGGGAUGAAGCCCUCUGCUUCUCAAUGGCCCAGGGAAGGGCAAAUGGGUCUGGUGAAAAAAUGCAUUUAAGGUACUCACUUCUUGGCACAUACAAACUUGCCCUGUCUCAGUCCUACGGUCUUCAGUUCCUGCAGGGAAAUGCAUAUGCUAUGAAAAUGGCAACUAAGCCCAGGCAUGGUACAGAUAGUUUUUGAAAGAUUGCUAAAAAGUAUUUAGAACGAUCUUUACUUUUUAUCCAUGUACUACAGUUUUCCUUUAAGGAAAAGAAUAUUUUGUGCUGAUACAACAUGUUUCACCCUGAGCUUCUCAACACUUCACAAGCUAGCAAAACCUAGCUACAGAAUCCAGUUAUCUUAAAUCUCAGUCCCCAGCUUGAGUGUUGUGAGGAAGAGGUAGUGGUUAGUCUAUUAAACGCCAACAUCAUUUGUUUCUAAACCAAGUAUUUUCAACCUUGCCAAAUCUUUUGGCAUUUCCCACCCCAUAACAUUGAGCACUUUGCCAGCACAAUGGUGAGGUAGACCUUUGCUUCUCACAUUGAGGGAAAGUAGGAAACCUAGAACACCUUAGUUCCUCCUUGAUUUUACUACUGCUGUACAAUCUCACAGUAAAAAGUGACUUGAACAGAUCAAUGUUGCUUUCUAAUCCUGCUCAGGCACUUGAGUUUACAUCACAACAGCACCAUUUUGCUUUACAAAACACCUAGUUACAUUGCCCAAUUGCAUGAACACUAGUAAACUUGUGGUUUGAAAAGUAAGGCUGUAACUAAACUUAUUGUGUAUUCAAUUGCACAAGUAUAAUUUGUGAGAAACCAAGAGCUGUUCUUGCCUCUUCUAGCAGAGUUUGGCAUCCUGACAGUGCCUUGGUUAUCUCACCUCCAUUUCAUGAAAAGGAUUUGGAAAUAACACUGGUCUACAAUUUUUGAGAAGUCGUCUGCUUCAGAGAUAAAAUGUGCUAUUUAUUAUGUAUUUUGAUGUGCUGAAUUCAAAUAUGACAAUUAAAACAACUGGCUACUGUUUCUAAGAUAUUUAAGUUUUUACAUUUUAUGUCUAUGUAUAUUGUGUAGAUAGUAGAGUUUUAAUCAUCAAUUGUAAACUUAGGUCUUUUCAUGUGUUUAUGGUUGCUUUACAUGAUAAUAUUUCACCUGUCCUGUUUAUGUAACGCUUUAAAAAUCAGCAAAAGGGUUAUAUAAAUAAAAUUUAUUAUGAA